AAACUUCACGACAGCUACCUUUCUCUUCCUUCCUUCCUCCGUCCUGUCUUCGCAUCGUUCGACACAUUUCCAUUAGGGGCCGCAAUCUCGUCUCAAUCUCAUGUCGCAGAAGGCUCGGUCACACCCGCGGCGGGCCCCCCCGUCCGGUGCCCGGAAACCCGAUCCUCACCGCCUGCCGUCCCCGUCGCCUCCCCCUCGGAGAAACCCGCCGCCGGCUCGCCGAUCGUCGGUCAACAAGCAGCGGAAACCGGCAGCUGAGAGCCUGCUGAAAAGAUCGUCCUCGGAGCCGAGUCUGGGGAGAUUUGGCUCGGUCGAGGAUGGUGUCGGUAGGAGCAUCGUCAGGAGGUCAAACCACGGAGGAAGUCUGUCCAGGCGGGAGACGGGCAUGGAUGUCUAUGCGGCUUCGGCGGCGUCGUCGUCGUCUUCUUCUCUGUUGGGCAUGACUUCUCCUCCACCGAAUUACGAGGGACUGGAGGGAGAUGCGAAGGUGGUGGUGAACGUGACGGUGGAAGGAAGCCCGGGGCCUAUAAGGGCCAUGGUGAGGCUGGGGUCCAGCGUGGAGGACACCGUCAGGCUCGUCAUGGACCGUUACGGCCGCGAAGGCCGGGCUCCCAAGCUUCAGCCCCACGACGCCCUGGCUUCUUUCGAGCUGCACCCCUCUCACUUCAGCCUCCACGGUCUGGACAAAUCAGAACUGAUUGGACAUGUGGGCAGCAGAAGCUUCUAUCUGCGUAGAAGCAGCAAUGGUCGCAGUACAAGUGAAGCCUCUGCUUCUUUCAUUCCGGAAGCCGUGCCUGCGAAGUCAAGCUCUCCGGCGAUCCUGCCUUCUCUGUUCUUGGCGCCGACUUUCGUCGCCCGGAGAAUCGGAAAAAUCAUCCGGAGAACGCCUAAGCUUUGGAGGUUCUUCAUUUGUUUUGAAUGAUCAGAAGAGCUUGACCCGAUGAAGACCAUGGAGAUUACAUUGCUUGGAACACAACACAGCAACAUGUUCAUCUAUUACUUCUUUUCACCCUUCACAUCGCCUCAUUGGAUUUCUUCCCUUUGAGCUCUCAAUUUGCCUGCAUCAGCUCAUGUAUACGAUCUUCAAAUCCCAUUUAAAUCAAAUGUAUAUAGUGUGGCAAUUGAAAAGUAUAUAUCAGUUCCCAUCUCCGACAUUUAGUGAUGCUUUUGUUUAGAAA